AUUCUCGUCCAUCAAGAAUCAAAGAGCCGUUCGAAGCACAUUUGAAGAGAAAGUCAAACUCCGCGCACAACGCGCCAGUCUCAAGGAAUACGAGGCUGAACUGGCCCAGAAAGCAGCGGACGAAAAAGCGGCCAAGAAAGCGGCUAGAUUAGAACGGGAAGAGAAUAUCAAGCGAAAGGCAAAGAAGGCCGAAGUCGUGCAAGUGAUCUCAAACGCGCGGAAGAUAAAGAAGAUGUCGAGGAAGCAAUUAAAGGCUAUCGAGACUAGAUAG